AUGAACUUCAACAGGGAUAAAACGACGACCACCCCACUCACGCAACAAAAUCUCAACGGUGUUUCGUCAAAGUCCAAUCUAGGGCACUAUCUUGCAAAGGAUCAAAACUUUGAAAAGGUGUCACAAGGUCUCACGACCAAGGGGAGAGAUUCUGCGAACUACCUCUCCCAGUGGCAGAAGGCCUUUGAUGCUUCCAAAUAG